AUGCAUGUCCAAUUCAGCGUCAGGACUGCAGACAAGCGCGACGGCUCCAACUUCUCGAUGACAUACUGCUCUUCCUCCCCCAGCCCACCGCGGUUGAAGUCACUUCUCUCAAAACCACCCCCUAUCACGAAUAGGCCUGUCGCCUCCGAGUCCUCCAAGCCCAAGUUGGCGAAGAUCACCAUCCCCGAGCGAAACCCUGCUCUCCCGCCGCCCUACGCAAAGCGUCCCAUGCCCUUCUCGAGCGGGUGUCCUCGACCUAUAUUCCGGACGCAUAUUGAGCAGAUUCAGCUGUCGCCCAAAACUGACACUGCUCCUCAGACCAGUUUGAACACCUCGUCGAUAGCGACUCUCCCAACGCGACCACUGCCGAAAGAGCCGCAAGGGGAACCGACUCCGGACCUUGGGUUGGGCACCGUCAAGUUUGUGGGGAACGUGAAGGUGUUCCAGGUGGAUGUGCGACCGCUCAAUGUGGUACCCAAGAAGCAACGGAGCGGAAGUGCUGAGCCAUGA